CCGAUGUCUUCCUCGUUCUAUGAAAUAGUAAACUCUCCAUUAAUUUGGAUAUCAGAGUGCCGCAUAACUUUUGCCAACGCGAAGGAUUAAAAAAUACAUACAUCCAAGCUCACUGUAUGUGAGGGAGAAGCAUCAAAAGGAGGCAUUUGGUCGGAGGCAGAUUUGUGUGAAUAUAUCCAUCCUAUAGCCUCCACGCCCACACAUUUGAGGGGAAACCGCUGCUUCUCACUCGCCUCUUGUUUUGAUCCGUGAAAAACCGAGCGGUGCCUUGCCAUGGCUCUUCUGACCCUGCAUCGUUCGCCGUCCAUCUCCACCGCUCCGGAUGAAAGCAUCCCAAGAAGAGGGAGACUUCAGAAAAGAGAGAGCUUUGCUCUGGUUAAAGGGGCCGUCCUUCUCCUGGAAGAGGGGGAGGGGGAGGGGCCACAUGAAGAGACGUCGCCCAAUCACUCCCCUUCACCCCUGAAGCUGGGGGGCGGAGCUUCAGACACACAGCACAGACAGCUGCACGCCAUGGUGUCACUACUAAGACCAGAGGACACUAUCAAACUGGCGGUGAGGUUGGAGUCAGUGAGUCCAGUCAGGGUACGGUAUCUGAUCAUAGUCUCCACCUUCAGUAACAAACAGGAGAGCAUUCUACUGGGGAUGGACUUCCCCGACACAGACAGAUGUCAGUGUACUAUCGGUCUGGUUGUGCCGGUAUGGAGCGACACACAAGUGUAUCUGGACGGAGAUGGUGGUUUCAGUGUCACAUCGGCAGAAAAGACGAGAAUCUUCAAGCCUGUUUCCAUACAGACUAUGUGGUCAGUACUGCAGGCGCUGCAUGGCUGCUGCGAGCGGGCAGUGAAGGGGUCAGUGAUCCCAGGCUGUGGGCUGGACUGGGCCCAAUACUACUACGGUCAUGUGGAGUCUGACCGCCUCUGUCUCAACGAGUGGGGAGCCAUGACGGGCCUGGAGUCAGUCAGGAGGGACAGCGCCGGGCAGAGCUCGACAGAGAGGGUGUCUGUGGAGCGGCAGAUCAAAGAGGAGCUCCGAGACAUCAUGAGAACAGAAGACCUAGAGAAUAUCACCUCCAAACAGGUCCGCAGUGCCCUGGAGACCAGGAUAGGCAUGGACAUGAAGAACUACAAGGAAUACAUCGACAACGAGAUGAUGGUCACCAUGGCGCAGAUGGACAAGCCCUCCAAAAUAUUUGACUACUUGUUCCUGGGCUCUGAGUGGAAUGCUGCCAACUUUGAGGAGCUACAGAAAAACAAUGUGGGCUACAUCCUGAACGUGACGCGGGAGAUUGACAACUUCUUCCCAGAAUCCUUCAGCUACAUGAAUAUCAGAGUGUACGACGUGGAGGCUACAGACCUGCUGUCACACUGGAAAGACACAUACUCCUUCAUCAACACAGCCAGGCAGAGUGGCCAGGCGGUGCUAGUGCACUGUAAGAUGGGCGUGUCUCGCUCUGGUUCCACGGUGGUGGCCUAUGCCAUGAAGCAGCAGCGCUGGCCUCUGGAGGUGGCUCUAUCCUACGUCAGGGAGCGCAGGCCCAUCGUCCAGCCCAACGACGGCUUCAUGAAGCAGCUCCACACCUACAGCGGCAUCCUCAAUGCCAGUCAGCAGCGCCACAGCGCUCUCUGGAGGUGGAAGUCACGGGCAGAGAAGGAGCAGCGAAAGAUUGAAAGAGCACAGUCUGCUGCUUCACACAACAACGAGGAGGAAGAGGAGGAGGAGAGUGAGGAGGAGGAGGAAGAAGAGUUAGAGAGUCCAGAUGAAGUUGAUGAGGCAGAUAUAGAGAUGAAGGUAUUUGAAGAGCCUGCCCACAAGUCUGAGACUGACCCAGAAGCUCCACCCACAGAACCGGCUGCUCCAUCCACAGAACCGUCUGUACCCAAUCCCUUCAUCACUGUACAGGUGGCUUCUCACAGCCCCAGUCGCAGUGGCAGGAUGAACCUCUUCUCUCUCAUGCAGUCCAUCAACGAACUGGAAGACGAGGACCUAAGGAAUGAACAGGUAAGAGAGAUUGCCAACAGUCACCGGAGGUCUCCAGGGCAACGGAGGCGGAGUUAUAGACGGAAAGGCCUCAUGCAUCAGAGGGCCCAUGUGGACGUUUCACCUGAGCCAAGCCGCCUAUCGGGACUCAGAAAACUGGAAGGGGCGGGGCCAAGCAAACCUGAGACCGGGGAAGGAGAUGCCAAGACAACAGAGGUGCGGUAAAGAGGAACAGAAGACGAGGCGGCGGGAGAAGGGAUGGAGAAUGAGAAGCCUAGAGGAGACACUAAAUGUUCUGCCCACUUUCAAGCUAUAAACAUGAAAGAAUUACCCUAAUAUAGUUCUAUACAUCAGACCUUAAGACUCCAACUAUCAUCGUUAUAUUAUAGAUUUUUUUAACAGUCAUGCCUUUUGCACAGUAUUUCCUGUUUUGGUUCUUUCAAUGUGGUGGCCACCAACCGAUCGAUCACGAUUGACUGGCUGAUCUCCAAGCCAUUCUAGUCGAUCACCAAACACUGUAAAAAAAAACACACACAAAAAAACAAUGAUAAGGCCUUGGAUUCCCCUUUUCUUUUCAUUGUUCUUUUUUUUCUCUCCCUCUCGCACUUUUGACAGUAGGUGCACUUGGAAGGUAAAGUGUUCACAUUAUUAACCAUUUCAUGUGCCUGAAGGUAGAACUCCACUUACUCGACCGGCCCAGAGAGCAAAUCAAGUGCAGCUAUAGGCCUACCGCUGGCCAAUCGUAUAGCUCAGAUCACCGUGUCUGCAGUUUCCUCGCGCCACAGACUGUAAAAAGAAGCCUCGAACCCACAGCAAAGUUAAUGUUGAGAUUUAAAAACUUUUAAAACCAUGACUAAAGGGGCUUACCGAAUACAGCAAAGAGCUGCUGUUAGAAUGAGUAUGGGCUCAUUGUAAUGGAAUAAAUGGAAUGGUAUCAAACACAUGGAAAACAAAUGUUUGACUAUGUUCCAUUCCAGCCAUUACAAUGAGCCCAUACUCUCAUAGCUCCUUCCACCAGCCUCUACUGCUGUCAACACUUUGUUCAACCGUUUUGAUAAGCUUGCGUUAUUUUCUGCUCGUCCUUUUUAAUAUAGAGGAAUAUUUCACUUUCUCUGGUCAACAUGAAUUGGUGCUUGAGGCUGAAAUAAUGCAGUGCGACUUAAAUUUCCCAUCAGAUGGAUUAAGACUGUCCCUUUUUCUCAGCGACGAGAGGGUACGCUGCUCCUUCCUCCCCUCAGACUAACCACCAGUUAGUAAAAAAUAUAUAUAUAUAUAAUGCUCACUCAGCUGUGCCUCAAGUAAUACAACAAAUUAUAUAUUACCAGUGUGAUCAUAUACCUACAAUGUUGAAAUAUAAUUUUAAAAAAUGGUCUGAGAAGAAUAACAUUGGCUGGUCAAUUCAAGGGUAGGCAAUAUGCAGUGAUAAUGUUUUGGGCCUAUAGCCUACUGCACAAACUUCAUUGCUACAGAACUGUGUUUAAUUGGUUGUUGCAUAGGCUUAUUUUUGUUUUCAUCUGAGCGGUAGAUCUUGGCUUGCAUUUUGACUCAAAGGUUGGUGACCUGUGUUUAUGUAUCACUGUUCACCAAACCAUUUACACGCAAUUGGUAGUGAUGGCUCAUUGUUUUAAUGUCACUGCAGUAUUACGACACCAAUAUGUGUCUGGCAAAAAUGUUGUAUUUCUGGUUAAGACUUACCUACGGUCCAUAGAAGUUGGAAUGCGUGUACAUUUUUCUUCUGAAUUUCAGUACGUAUCAUACCACAUGCAUAUGUGGUGUUUGCCCGCCCUCUCUCUCCUAAUGGCACAUCAGUGGUUUAAUGAUAUCUAUGCAAUGAUUCCUUAAAUUCACAGAGAAGACUGAUGGUAGAGGUUGUAUGCUGCCAGUUGGGGUUGUUAUUGUAUGCAUUAAGUGCCAUUCUCUAUUCCUUUAUUGGAUUUUUAAUUACGCACAUACCUGAUCUUUUUAUCGUUUCUGAAUAUUGCAUAGUAAUACAUACGGGCCCAAUGAAAAGUGUUCUCGGAUGUUUCAAAAUAGCGGGACAUUUAAAAGUAUUAACUGGGAGAUAUAAUAUUGAGUGACUGUUGUAAACUGUUAUUCUGGACGAAUCUAAGGGCACCAAACUGUAUGCCAGUGUGUUCCUCUGUGCCAAUCAACUUUGUCCUUGAGUUCGUCUCAAGGCGACAUAUUUACUGAGGAUCUUUAGAAAACUUCUACCGUUUAAAAACAAAAACUCUUGGGUGUUCCAAUUUAUUUGCUGUGUUUAUUUCUUUGUCACACUGUCAUUCCACAAAUAGCCUUGCUGUAUGAGUGCCUUGGACGUGGGACCAAAAUAACAAAGUUCUUUCCUGAAAGACCCUAAAUGAAAGUAUUUAUAAUAUCUACUAUAUAUUGCUAUUUGAGGUGGUGGCAUUAUGUCAUAUUGAUUAAAUGUAUUUAGUUUUGUUCCUUGACUGGGAUGAUGUUAUUGUGCAGUAUGAAGCUACUUGCAUUGAAUGUGUUCCUGUGUGUAUGCUCUGGCUUUGCUGAUUAUGACCAUGUUCAUGCCAUCCAUGUUUUGAACUUGGGGGUGUUUAGGGUAGGUUUUUUUUGUAUUAGUAUUUAUCUAUUUGGGACUUUUUGAGAGGAUCAAGGUAGAUUCAGCAUUAUGGUGUUUCUGAACUUUCCGCAGUUGACUGGAUGGACCUUCUGUAUCGAUCCAAUGAUUUUUUUUUUAUGUAUUCAGCUGGCCUUGAUUUGUAUAUUCACCAAUGAUGUUUACACAUUUUUAGGUUGAGCACACUUUCUUUCUAUACUCACAAUUAAACCAUCAAAACAGGUUUCCACCACCACAUCAUGCCAUUGACACUGCCUGAGCCAAUCUCUGCUGUUCUAAGAUCAAAUAGAUAAAUGACCUGUAUCUCAUCUAUGGCUGCGUUUACAGCUAUACUGUUUGAGUGAAUUAAUAAAUGAUUAUACUGAAACCAUG